ACGAAGUACGAAAAGAAAAAAAAACACUUCCUGAUGCAAUUGGCACUGUGUGUUGCAUCAGAAAGUGUUUUUUUACUGCACUGCAAAUUGCAACGGUCAGCUGCUUACAAAUCCCCGACCUUUUCAAACGUUUUAUGUAUAACCAGAGAGAAGCAGUUCAUCCUCCGAUUACGAUAGGGAAAUCCGGCAGUUCACAGGGGAAAUUGCCAGGACAACAGCCUUCUCCGAGUACAUCCAGAAAAACGCCUCAGCGAAAGGGGAAAUCAACCUGGGAUAACCCUCUACCUGAGCCUUCGUGCAGUGCGAGUUCGCUAACACGGGAAGCCGACAAUUCGGUUGCGAGCGGCAAAGGUCUUUCAUCAGACGAAUCGUAUUCUCAAAGGCGCAAGAAAAACAAUGAAGCUGUGCGAAAAAGUCGCGAGAGUAAGCGUCAGAAAGAACUGCGUUUCCGCGAAGACCAUGACAAGCUGAAGAAAGAAAUCGAAGCGAUAAAGAGUCGAAAUGAUCAGCUGCAGACAAUCCUAGCGGAAAUAGAAGAUGGCGUACUGGAUGCAGGAAAGUCCAAGCAGGAAUUAUCGGCAUUGGUUCAGAAUGCUAGACAGCGGCUGUUGCAGUAGUAGCCGUUGACAACAAUUUUGUCUUGCAUUUAUUUCCUUCAGACAACGAUGUGCACAGAAAGCUGGGCUUACUAACGGUACCAUUUGAAAUAUGUGGAAAAGCGGACACACCGGACAGUAAAUUUUAAU